UCCCUGGGCGGUGCGUUUAUCCAGUUUGGUCUGUCUCUGGAAUAUUAGAUAUAUGGCAUUUUUUCUGAGUGUAACAACUCAUAUUUUACUGUAUUGUAAUACUAUAACCCAACAAUGCACUACUUCUAGAUACACCACAAGUAACAAACUAGGCCCCAGCUAAUGUUAUAAUGAUGAGUCCUUGACAUCAUGAAUGCUCUUUAAAUUGCUCUGUGUAUGAAUGUGAAUAGGCUAAUGUAGUUUAGAAAGUUAUCUUCCCUGAAGUGUAUUUGUUAUUCUUAGUUCGAUUGCCUUGACUAUCAUUAUUGUUAUCACUGUAUUCGAUUCGUUGUAAUAAUUGUAUAAUCACUUUUGAUAACGUUGUUUUAUGGUUAAUGACGACACGUUUGUCUGUAUUUGCUGGCCACUUGCACGUGCGCCUGCUGCUAAGUCCUGAAUGUGGCUAAUUCUAUUCUGUUACUGGUCUUUAACCUUUGGGAGAAAACAUGUUUUUACAAUAAACUUUUGAAAACGCCAAAAGGACUGCUAAAUCUAAAUACAUAACCAGGAAUUGCGUUCUGUAGCUCCUUCAUCUUUCUCUGCAUGACAGUCUCACAAAAUGAGCCAGGAGCAGAUCUUCUCCGGCCUGAAGAAGGAUGUGCGCUCCCUGCUCAUCUCAGCCAAGCUAGGCUUGACCCCAGAUCAGCUAAGGCGGGACUACAAGGACAUGCUGGGCAGCCCCAUGCCCCUGAGCCUCCUGGGCUUCCGCAGCGUGCUGGACAUGACCCGGGAGAUGCCCGACGUGGUGUAUGUGGACUAUCUGAGUGAUGGCAGCUUGGUGUUGAAGGCGGUGGCAGAUGACGCCACCCGAGGGAUCGUGGAAUUGGUGGCCAGGCAGCGCAGCGUCAAGAAGUCCCCAGCCAGGAGGGCCAGCAUGGGCUCCUUCUCCCCGCGCUUCCAGCAGCAGAGGCCCAUUGUCCUGGCGCGGCGCAGCCAUGCUCCCCCGGCCCUGCCGGCCCAUCUCCGGGCCCAGCUCCGCCAGCUGCUGUCACAGGGUCCGCUGGGCCUGUCGCAGCUGGAGAACGCCUUCUCCCUCCGCUUUGGCUUUCCGUUGCGUGUGAGCAACUAUGGCUUCUACUCGAUUGCAGAAAUGCUGGCCGUUGCCUCCGAUAUGAUUAUGGUCUCACAGAGCCGGACAGGCUCUCUGCUGAGCUUGAAGAGGGCGGAUGUGCUGCCUCCGGUGAGAAUGGGACCAGUAAAGCCGGUCUUUCCGCCAAAGCAGACCGUAAAUACAGUUCCUGUGAUAAGACCGAAGACGACGACAAACUCUGUCCAGGUAGUAAAACCCAGUCCUCAGAAUCAUGUGCUGCCGAGUCAUGAUCAUGCAGUCCCAGACAUCCCAAAGGGGGACCAGGGCUCCCAGCCAAUGGAAUGUACACCACCUCAGCCCGCCCAGAAUGGACAGGACUUUCAGAAGUGUGUCAUCAAGCUGGAGGAGGAGCUUAGGCAACGUAUUCUGGAGAAUGGGCAAGCGGGCACGGUCAGUCCAGAGCUAAAAGCCAAGCUGCGCCAGGUUGUAGCUCAAAAGAGUGAGGGAAUAUCCAUCCACGAUCUCCCUGCAGAAUAUAAGAGGGUGUUUGGGGAGGAGCUGCCAGUGGUCCAGAACGGCUUCCUGAGCGCUACGGAGAUGGUGGGAGCACUGAGUGACACACUGUCCCUGCGGCCUGUGGCAGGCCAUGAGGACAACCACUGGAUGGUCGUGGACAUUCAGCACGCCCCAGAGCACCGUGCAGGCUCCCCGUCAGAGCCCGAAGGCCAUGGUGAGCGUGGUUACUAUGUCAGUGGUGGGGGGUCGUCCUGGGAGGGCAGAGAGGAGGAAGACGACUCCCACCCCGACAAGGAGGAAGACCCGGAGCUGAAGAUCACCACCAAGACCUUCCACCAGAUGGUGGCUCAGUACGGCUCGGUGACGGUGCAAUGUCGGCGUGGGGCGCUGGUGCCCCCGGAUGCCAUCCGGGGCCAGAGGCUGAGGCCGCCCACGCGGAGGAGCCCCCGGGAGCUGGUGCCUGUGCUGGUGGAGCGUGUGGAGUCGCCCUCGCUCUUCUACAUCCGCUUUGACGAGAGCCAGGAGGCCCGUGCCCUGGAGAACAUGAUGAUUGAGAUGAGGAGCUGCUACACUACUCCUGAGGUGUCUGAGCGCUACCGGCUGCCCGAGCGCUAUGUGCGUCUGGGUCAGGUGUGUUGCGUGGCACCCCAGGGCGUCUGGUUCUACCGCGUGGUGGUCCAUCAGGUCCUCAGCCGCACCCAGGCGGAGGUCUACUAUGUGGAUUUCGGAGACAUCACCACCGUGCAGAUUAGCAGCCUCAAGUUCCUCAAGUCGUGCUACUCUGAACUCCCAGCACAAGCGGUCCCCUCUUCGCUGGUUGGAAUCAAGCCAUUUGGUGGCAGCUGGAGUGAGGCCGCCACCACCUCUUUCCAGAAGUUGUGCUGUGAGCGCACCCUGGUGGCAGCCCUGCACAGCUAUCACGGCCACUUCCUGCAACUCUACCUGUGCGACACGUACACAGAGGAGGAUGUGUACAUCCACAGCGCCCUGCAGGCCCAGGGUCAUGGCCUUAGCUGUGCCCCUGCCAUCAGCGCGGAGUUGUGCGGCCACUUCAACCCGGUGAGCCUCUAUCUGGGCGAAGGUUUGUUAGACGAGGGACGGGAAAUAGAAGACGAAGACCCUGCACUAGAGCCUGGACCUGAUGCUGCCCACACCUCUCCCCAGCGCCACACCACCCCUUCUCCCACACACACGACUCCUAAAGACAAGAAUGUGCUGCCUGACCUCCCAGCAUUGGAGUUGAUAGAGGUUAACUCAACUUCCCAGGGGGUACUGAAGGCCAACCCAUUUGUGGCUCUGCAGAGUAAAGACCCUCUGUGCUGUAGUGAGUGGGAUCAGGGCUGGACACCCAGCCCCACUCCACCCCCCAACCCAGGGGUGGUACAGUCCGACGCCGACCUGGGUUACCACGGUGACGCCGACCUGGGUUACCACGGUGACACCGCCAAGAUGUGUUCGCCGGGUGUCGCCGAGCUGAAGCAGUCGCGCUGUGCUGAGGGGGCGUUGACCACCGUGCCCCCUCCGUCCUCCACUCUGAAUACCCUGGGGCGGAUGCAGACUCCGAGUGCAUACGGUAUGUCUAUGUUCCCUCUUUUUGGGACCGGGAAUGUGCUUCAUGUCUCCUCGCCCCUUGCCCUCGGCUCGUCUGCCCGCCUGGCCACUGGUGCUGGUUCCUACCUCCUCAACUGGCAUCCGCACAAAAGGGCCUGAGCCAACAGACACACACACUUCCCAGACAGUCACUGUCCUUCCUAAUACAUCAGUCCUGCCUAUGUGGACAUACCUGAUCGGCAGCUGUCAAAAUGAUGUCCUCUUUGUUGCUUGCUUUGAUAUUGUCGUGCAGCUUGACAUUUUUUACCUAACUACAAGGGGUAUAUGCAGAGUGACAUUUCCUCUGAACAGAAAAAUAAUUAAAGCACUUGUUAAGUUUGAGUUUUAGCUCCUUUUUUCUUUUUCUUUUAGUCCAUCAGGUUUUUAUGUAUUUUUCUAAAAGAGCCCCAAAUCUGCCAUAUUUGUAAUGACAGAAUUGUCCUUUAUUUUCUACAAGUUGUCUUUAAAUGUUCAGCAAGUUUGUUUUUCUUGGGUGAAAAACAUUUUGGAAUUAAACAGAACAU